UCAGCUUCAGUAGGCUCCUGAACAAGUCAAGCACUGCCUGCAGGAAAGGGAAUGGCUUUAUCCCCCACAUUCCACAUUCCUGAGCGCUUACAUACAGAGCAAUGUGGAAAAUAAGACUUAAAGGGCUGGUCUUCUUCCUUCACGGUCAGUCACUGACAACACAUGUUAAUGUGUUGUUGAAAACUGGUAACUGAAGGGCUGAAUUGGUUCACUAAUAUUUCAUCUUAAGAUCCAAAAUGUACAUACACACGAUGAUUCUACUGGGUUUUGUGUGGUUUAGUCCACCACUUCUUGUGAUCCUUGCCUCACCAACCCCUGCUUCGAAUGAUAAGAGAGGCCCCUGUCAAAUCUACAACUCUGGUCGCUCCGCAAACUGCCUUGGUCAGCGACUGGAUCAUGUUCCAUGGAAGCACCUCCCUUCCACGCUUGAAAGGAUAGAUCUCUCCUACAAUGAACUUCAUACCAUUCAUGUUAAUUACUUUUCUCGCCUACCUCAUCUUCGUGUCCUCGAGCUGCAGUUCAACAACAUCUCUGUGAUUGAGGACCGUGCCUUCCACAACAACCCCCUCCUGGAGCAUCUUAACAUCUUUAACAACUCCCUAGAGGAAAUCCCUGCCAACGCCUUGCAGGACCUCUUUAAUCUAAGGGAACUCCUUAUGUCGAAUAACCUUUACACCCAGGCUACAUUGUCAGCUGAUGUUUUCUCCAGAUUGACCCACCUUAAGGCCCUGUCCAUGGGCGGCCCCUUGGUCAAGGGUCUAAGGAAAGGGGACUUCCAGGCAUUGAGGAACAUUCAGUUGCAGGACUUUGCCAUUAAAACUUCAUCAAAUAUCAGUUACUAUGAACCGGGUAGUCUGAAGGUAAUCCAGACAGGUAGAAUGGGUUUUGACAUGGCCAUAGAUCAGAAGCCGAAUUUCCUACCUUUGAUUCUACGAGACUUGGCCAACAAGACUUUCAGUCUCAUCCAAUUCAGGAACCUCUUUGAGUUCAUGUAUUACUUGGGAGAUGAGGAUAUUUUCAGAGGCUUGCAAGACAUCAAAGUAGAUUCGCUCAUCUUUCACCGUGGAAAAUUCAAUGAGAACCUUAUGAGGAUGGCUCUGUUUAAUCUACAGAUCACCCCCCUUAAACGUCUGACACUUCAAUACAUUGACUUUGCUCGCUCGCCCAACUUUGUGGAUAAUGGCUUGGACUCCAGUAUCAAAUAUCUUGCUCUGAGUAGACUAAAUCUGUGGCACAUCAGCAAUCCAGAUAUUUUGCGAUUCGACUGGCGCUUCACAUGGUUCAACAAAGUCAGACUGCUGUCCAUUCAGAAUGUCAACUUCAAAUCUGUGCCUUGCGAUGCCUGGCUUAAUAUGGAAGGCAUGGAGGUUUUGGACAUCUCAAACAACCGCCUGCAGGACAACAUCCUCUUCAACCAGAGAUGCGACUACAGGGGCACCAUGCCAGCUCUUCGUUCCUUCAAUGUCAGCACCAACCAACUGACCAGCCUUCAGGACUUAGCCUCCCUGACCAGGGAGUUCAAACAGUUGAAGGUCCUGGAUGUCAGCUACAACAUGUUGGGUUCUGCUGAGAAGAGUCGCAACUGUAACUGGAUGCAGAACAUCACCCAGGUGAUCGCUCACCACAACCGAUUCGAAAGUGGUGCCCUCCAGUGUCUGCCCACCACAGUACAAUUCCUGGACCUCUCGUACUGUGACCUGGACCAGCUGGACAUGGCCUACUUCCAACAAACCAUCAGCCUCAAGGAGCUCCUGCUCAAUGGGAACAAGAUCAAGUUCAUCCCCUCUGGGUGGAGAAGUCGCUCCUUGCAGUCACUGGCUCUGGAUGGGAACUCCUUUGGGCUCAUCAGCAUGGGCUCCUUCCAGGACAUGACCCAGCUUUCUCGACUGACAGCAGGGAACAACCCAUUCCACUGCACAUGCGACCUCCACGCCUUCAUCCAGGACACCAUUUCCAAGGGGAAAGUCACCAUCACUGACUGGCCAGAGAACUACAAGUGUUACCAUCCAGAGGCCCUGCUCAAUACCGCUGUGGCAAAUUUCUUCCCGGGUCACGUGGCCUGCGAUAUCAGACUGGUCAUCAUCAUCUGUGUGGCUACUACUGCUGCUGUGGUUUUAGUGUUGAUGCUUAUAUGCUACAUAUUCAAUGUUCCCUGGUACAUUAAAGCCACAUAUCAGAUCCUCAGAGCCAAAUACAGGGCUCAUCAGGAAGGAACAUCUGGAAAAUCACAAAUCUAUGCUUACCAUGCAUUCAUCUCCUAUAGCCAACCAGAUGCAGACUGGGUCAGGGACCAGUUGUUGCCCUGCUUGGAGAACAGCAAGCCCCCCUACCGACUCUGUAUCCAUGAGAGAGACUUCAUGCCAGGAAAAUGGAUAAUCGACAACAUCAUUGAAAAUAUUGAGAGCAGCGAAAAGGUCAUAUUUGUGUUGUCACACCACUUUGUGAACAGCGAUUGGUGCAACUACGAGCUCUACUUUGCCCAGCAAAGAGCCAUCGGCAAGAGCUUCAGCGAUGUUAUUCUGGUGGUUAAAGAACCCAUCGACCCUGAAUCUCUGCCCAGCAAGUAUUGUAAGCUCAAGAAGAUGCUGAACACCAAAACAUACCUAGAGUGGCCCCAGCAAGCCAAGCAGCAGACCUUCUUCUGGGCUCAACUUAGGAGCUGCCUGGGCAAGCCCACAGUGACUAGAGAGCAGGCUCUUAGUGGUAGGAGCAGCAGUGUAUCCUCAGUUGGCGCUGUGCCUGUGAUAGAGAUUCCUCUAGAGGAUGAGAAGCCAGCGAUAGCUAUGCCAAAUUUAGACAGAGAAGCAGAGCUCCACAAAGUAGUUCCUCGGGAGAUCAAAAAUCUUUCAGUGAGAAGUGCAGAGUUUUGUGGGCAAAGACUGAUCCCUGUAGCCGUGGCAUGAGACAAAAUAAGCCAAGCAUGUAGCUUGUAAUGUGCAAAGUGUCCCAAGACCAAUCUCUCUCUGAAGUGCUGAGCUUGAGUGACUUCUUGGCCAUGCUGUGGCAGAUAAUGUGUUUUCCAAGCUGCUUGUAGCAUUAGCAAGUGUUUCAUAAUGAUGACAGUGAAUAACACGAUCCGUCUGCCACCCACCCUUCUGACAUGUACAGUGCUUACUCCCCCUUGAACUCUUUACAUUUUGUUGCGAUACAAAGCGGGAUUGAAAUAGAUUUAAUUGUAAUUUUUUUGUCAUUGAUCUUCACAAAAUACUCCACAAUGUCAAAGUGAAAAAAAGUUAUACAAAUGUUUACAAAUGAACACAAUUUAAAUAACUAAAAUAUGGUCGUUGCAUUUAGUUCAGAAGUAAAAAUAAUCUUAACAAAUCUCAUAAUAAGUUAUAUGGACUCACUUUCUGUGAAAUAAUAGGGGUUGAUGUGAUUUCUGAAUGACUACCCUUUCCUCUGUCUCCCACACACACACACACACACACACACACACGCACACACACACGCACACAACAUCUGUAA